UCCAGCACCGACCCCCGACCCCUGACCCCUGACCCCCCAGCCCCCCCCUCCACCCACAUGGGGUGCGUCCUGAGCUCGGACUGGUGUGGGGAGGGAGAGGUGCAGCCGGUGCCGGUGGUCCGGAGCCCGUCUCUCCACAGCAGGAGUCUGGAGCGGAGCGAGAGCAACAGGAUGAGGCUGCUGAAGUCCGGGAAGGGAGAGCCGCACGUCUUCAAGGAGAAGACCUUCAAGAAGAGGCGCCAGUGCAGCGUCUGUCGGCAGAAUGUCGACGGCGCCGGCUCCUUCUGCAGAGUAUGCAAGACCGCCGCCCACAGGAAGUGCGAGGGCAAGGUGACCUCCGCCUGCAUCCCGGCCGCCUCCAACGACCUGCAGCGUAGAGGGACGGCGCCUUCGCGACACAUCCAGCACCUGGGUUCUACGAAGUCUCUGACCUACACCAAGCAGAGGAACACCUUACCCAGGAGCUUCAGCGUGGACCGGGUGAUGGAGCGCGUCAUGGAGCGCCACUACGACUUCGACCUGACCUACAUCACGGAGCGGAUCAUCUCCGUCUUCUUCCCUCCGAGGCUGGAGGAGCAGCGGUACCGGAUCAACCUGAAGGAGGUGGCCGCCAUGCUCAAGUCCAAACACCAGGACAAGUUUCUGCUCCUGAAUCUGUCCGAGCGGCGCCACGACAUCAGCCGACUAAACCCAAAGGUUCACGACUUCGGCUGGCCCGACCUCCACGCCCCGCCGCUGGAUAAGAUCUGUGCCAUUUGCAAGGCCAUGGAGACCUGGCUGACCUCCGACCCCCAGCACGUGGUGGUGCUGCACUGCAAGGGCAACAAGGGUAAGACGGGCGUCAUCAUCGCCGCCUACAUGCACUACAGCAAGAUCUCUGCAGGGGCGGACCAGGCUCUCAGUACCCUGGCCAUGAGGAAGUUCUGUGAAGAUAAGGUGUCCUCGUCUCUCCAGCCGUCUCAAAACAGGUAUAUCUACUACUUCGGGGGGCUCCUCUCCGGGGCCAUAAAGAUGAACAGCAGCGCCCUCUUCCUCCACCAAGUCCUCAUCCCGUCGCUCCCCAACUUCCAGGGCGAAGGAGGCUACUACCCGUUCCUGAAGAUCUACCAGUCCAUGCAGCUGGUCUACACCUCGGGGAUAUACGACCUGCAAGGCACCGGCGGCCGGCGGCUGUGUGUGAGCAUCGACCCGGCGCUGCUGCUCAAGGGCGACAUCAUGGUCAAGUGCUACCACCGGCGGCGCCACGGCGCCGACAGAGACAACGUGUUCCGGCUGCAGUUCCACACCUGCACCGUGCACGGAUCCCAGCUGUGGUUCGGCAAAGGGGAGCUGGACCAGGCCUGUACCGAUGAGCGUUUCCCGUCAGAUGCCACCGUGGAGUUCAUCUUCUCCUCCGGACCGGAGCGGGUCAAAGGCCGCGAGUACCAGAAGAACGACCCGGCCGUCACCGUGGACUACAACACGGCCGACCCGGUGGUGCGCUGGGACUCCUACGAGAACUUCAACCAGCGGUACCAGGACAGCCUGGAGGACAUCGCCCACACCAGGGGUCCGCUGGACGGCAGCCUCUACGCCCAGAUCAAGAAGCGCCGCGGUCCCGGCUCCGGGUCCCCGACCUCCACCGAGGGCAGCAGCCCGCGCCGGAACCUCGCCGACGACCGCUCCGAUCAGCUGGUCUCCCGCGGUUCUGACCGGUCUCUGCACCCGGACCACCAGGAGGAGCCGAUACGCCCGGCGCCGCCGACCCGCCACGAGAGGGAGGAGCUGGAGCGCCUCCUGGGCGGCAUCGAGGGCGGCCGCGGCGGCGAGCGCGAGACGGCCAUCUUGGACGACGGAGACUCGUCGCCCUCGGAGCGAGCGGCGCCGCUCGGGCUCAGCCGGUCCUGCUCCUGCCGGGAGGGGUACCGGUCCCAGCGCUGCGCCGAGCCGGGCUGCGACCGGACCCUGCUCAUGCCCAACGGCUACUGCCUGGACCGGGCCCCCGGCACCAACGGGCACCACGGGGCGACGCGGUGCGCCAGCCCCAACCCGGCGCCCGCGCCGCCGUCCCACAUGGACCUGUGCCAGCACUACUCCCCCCACCAGUCCCUGCCGCCGCCCGACCUGGUGUGGGACCGCCAGGGCGGCCCGCCCCACUACCUGCACCGGUCCUGCCCGUACCCGACCCCGGACCUGACCCCGCACCCGCACCGCCUCUGCUGCCGCGAGGACGACUACGCCGUCUACCACCACCCGCCGCCGCCUCACAGCCACCACCACGGCCUGCCGCACCGCCCCAAACCCGCCGCCAGCCCCACCUACCACGACAUCAUGCUGAUGGACUCUCUGCCGCCCCCCGGCUGCCCGUGCCGGGACUGCAGCGUCCGCAGGGACGACCCGGCGCCGUUCCACGGCCUGAGGCUGGACCGCGGCGACAGCUUCCACUGGGACCGGGAGGCGGAGCUGCAGCAGAGGGAGGCGGGGCUGAGGAGAGGGGCGGAGCUGCACUGGGAGCGGGACGGCGGGCCCAGGCGGGGCAGGGAGUUGUCCCUCCACUGGGACCGGGAGGCGGAGCUGCACUGGGAGCGGGACCGGGAGGCCGAGUACUGGCACCGCCGGGCCACCGUGGCGUCCUACGGCCCGCCGGGCCACGACCUGCCGGCGUUCGCCUUCGACCCGCUGCCGUCGGGCCACCCGGCCUACCCGGAGGCGUCCCGGUCCCACGCCCACUCCCACCUGGACCUGAAGUACAGCAGCAGCAGCAGCGGCUACCAGACGCCUCGGCAGGUGUGCCCCUGCUCGCCCUACCAGCCCUCGCCGUCCGAGAGCCGCGGCUACGCCUCGGGCUGCCAGUCCGAGUCCACCUCGCCGCUGCCGCCCGCCUCCUCCAUGACGGGGCCCUGUAGCCACGGCAACGGGCCGCCCAACCACCACCACCACCAGCACCCGGACUCCCAGCAGUCCUGCAGCUCCGACUCGCACACGGACGGUCUCCGGAGCUCCGGUGAGAGCGCGGGAUGGAGGGACCACAUCACCCACGGCUCCUUCAGGAGGGUCCAGAGAGACGCCCACGGCGCCUGCUCCACGCCGUCCGACAUGUCGGGACCGCCCACGCCGGUCCACACCAGCAGCCCUCUGCGCACACAGGAGAGCCCGAGUCCAGGAGGGAGGGACUUCGAGAUCCGGACCACAGACAUCCUGGGCAGCGACUACGAGGUGCCUCGGCCCCAGAACGGCUUCCAUCGCGGAGAGAACCUCCUCCAGGAGACUCCAGGAAGUGGCGGCGAGCGGACGGCACCACCCGAGUCGCCCCCCGCCAUCCCCCAGGAUCAGCGUCCAGCUUGUUCUCUGGACCCGGCGACACCGACCCCAUCAGACUGCCCGCCUCCUGCCCCGGCGGUCCGUAGUUCCUUGCCGGACGUCCACCCUCCUCCAGCCGCCGCUCCACCCACCGCCGUGCAGGCGGCAUCCGAGCCUCAGAACCAGGCCCGAACCAACGGCUCCGCAGAGCCGGAUUCGCCGCAGGUCAACGGGUCUCCUCCAACGAAACAACACCCGGAUCCGCCCGAAUCCUCCGCCUCCUGCGACGCUACGUCGGCUCCAGCUCCGUCGCCCGGCAGCACGGAGGGCUCGCCGGUCUCCGACGCCCCGGUUCCCGGGUUCGCCACGCUGGGCCGGAGGCUGAUGCUGAGUGGGUCGGACCCCCACCACGCUAGUCCCCUGCAGAACCACGGACCUCCACUCGGACCGCAGCAUCACCACCACCACCCAGCCGCGGACCACGGCUCCACCCUGGACGCCAGCAGGAGGCACUGCUACCCCGGCCCCGCCCCCCAACUCCACCCCGCCUCCAACUCCAACUACUCCACCAUCUCCAUCCCCCUCCCCCACCCGCACCCGCCGCUACCGGACAAGCAGCAUCCGCCGGGCCAGGCCGGGUCUUCCAGCGAGGCGAUGAGGCCCGCCGCUAACAGCGCCAACCAGCACCACCACCACGUCACCUUCUCCCCCACCGUCGGGGAGAUGGCGCCGCCCGCGGGCCAAGCUGACGGAGCCGGCGAGGUCGAGCCGGCGCACAGAGUCAGCGUUAAGUUUGUACAAGACAGCUCCAGGUUCUGGUACAAGCCCGGCAUCUCCAGGGAACAAGCCAUCGCAGCGCUGAAGGACCGAGAGCCGGGCACCUUCCUCAUCCGGGACAGCAACUCCUUCCAGGGAGCGUACGGCCUCGCCCUGAAGGUAUCCACGCCCCCUCCCAACGCCAGCGGCAGCAAGGCUAACGGCGACCCGCUGGAGCAGCUGGUGAGACACUUCCUGAUAGAAACGGGCCCCCGGGGAGUCAAGAUCAAAGGGUGCCAGAAUGAGCCCUACUUCGGGAGUCUGUCUGCACUCGUCUACCAGCACGCCAUCACGCCCAUCUCGCUGCCCGGCGCCCUGAAGAUCCCGGAGAGAGAUCUCGUGGGGGAGCUGCAGGAGGUCCAACCGGUCAGCAACGUCAGCACGGCCGCCGACCUGCUGAAGCAGGGAGCCGCCUGUAACGUCCUCUACCUGAACUCCGUGGAGACGGAGUCUCUGACCGGCCCACAGGCCAUCGCCAAGGCAACAGAGGCCACCCUGAGUCGCAGCCUGCGUCCCGCAGCGACCGUGGUCCAGUUCAAGGUGACGUCUCAGGGCAUCACGCUGACGGACAACCAGCGCAGGGUUUUCUUCAGGAGACAUUACCCGGUUACCAGCGUGACGUUCAGCAGCGUCGACCCGAAGGACCGGAGGUGGACUAACGCCGACGACGCUACAGCUAAGGUCUUCGGGUUUGUGGCGAAGAAGCCCGGCAGCGUGGAGAACGUCUGCCACCUGUUCGCCGAGCUGGACCCGGAGCAACCCGCUUCUGCCAUCGUCAACUUCAUCAACAAGGUCAUGCUGUCGCAGCGGCGAUAGACUCCCGGGACGGGGGACCGCGGCAUCGCCCCUGCCCACACAACCUUCCCACCGGUCGCGGGCCGCCAUCACAAAGCCAGAUCAGCUUCGUCCGGCAGGAUGCAGCCAUCACCGUGGUAACGGACUUCCACACAGCGGGUUCGGGUUGGAGGACUGAUGACAUCACCACCAUUUGGUUGCCUAGCAACUCCUCUCCGCCAUCUGAAAGGCCUUUCGCUCAUCUCGUCCCCAGCGAUGAACCUGACGCGUGAUGUGAUGCCGGGUUUCCAUGACAACCAACCAUCGGCUGCUGAACUUGAUCUGUGAUGCGUCACGUUUGCUCCGGUCCUCCCGGGAAAAAAAAGAUGUUUAAUUUUCUGUUUCCGACAUCUGGACGGAGACGUCCAGGUCCUCUAAAGUCCAGGUCUUCAAUCCACCCCGACAAUCACGGCUGAGAGCACGAGUGGGAGCUUUUUAACCUGUAAACCAGUGUGUGUGUGUGUGUUUUUGUGCGAGGGAGUGUGUGUGUGUGUGUGUGUGUGCGAGGGAGCGGAGAGGGCAGGAGCUGAGCGUGGCCACGCCCACUUUAAGGUCGUACGCAGGUGAAACGGGAAAAGGACGUUUAAAACCGCCGUUUGUGGAGUGUUUUCACGUCAUCCGUCCAGAUGCAACUUAAACCUGAGAUAACGCCCCAGCGGCCGCAAGAAAAGACACUUAACCAAAGACGAAGCACUCUUGUAUUAAUGCGCUUUUACCCAGCUAUAUUUUUGUACUUAUUGCUUCUUAUAUUUUUGUUACGCAGCGUUGCAGAGCCGCGUGUGUCACGUGACCCGCGACGGUCACGUGACCCGCGUGGGCGUCGAGGUUCUCUGUGAUCUCUGGAUCUUGUAGUAAUAUAUUUCCACAUGCAGCUACGGACGAGACGGCGGAAGAAACGUUUGUAUGUUAGAAAAAAAAAGGAUAUUAUACUAUUUUAUAUGCAAGAAAAAUAAAAGAGUUAAACGGAGAAG